GCGGCGGCCGGGGCCGGGCGCGCGGCGAUGGUGGGGCGGCUGAGCUUGCAGGAGGUGCCGGACUUGCCGGACGCCAAGCGGCGGGGGGAGCGGCCGCUCGACAGCCCCGACUCCGGCCUGCCGCCCAGCCCCAGCCCGGCCCACUGGCUGCCGGCCUCCGCCGAGCGGGGGGGACUCGCCAACGGGCUGCUGCACGAGCCGGCCGGGGCGGCGGGGGGCACUCGGGUUCCGGCCACGAACUCUUCCUCUCCUAACCCUCUCCUCCCUGGCAGCACUUCCCGGCUGUGCCUCCUGUCCUUUGGUGAAGGAGUGGAGUUUGACCCUUUACCUCCCAAGGAUGUCAGGUACACCUCUUCGGUGAAAUACGACUCAGAGAAGCACUUCAUUAAUAACGUCUAUUUGCCGAUGGGGCUCGGGAUGACCUCUUGUAGCCAGACGGUCGUCUGUGUUCCCGACAGCACGUGGCGCAGCUACAAAGCCGAGCUGCACUUGGAACCCCGCCCCAAGCCGAGGCAUUUCACCAGCACCGCCAUCGUCUACCCCAAGCACACCAAAACUGUGUACACCACCACACUGGAUUACAAUUGCAAGAAGGUCGUGCGGCGGUUUUUGUCCAGCGUGGAGCUCGAGUCCGCGGAACGCUCCGGCAGCAAUUACAACCCGGAAGAUUGCUGAUUGCUCUCCCAAAGCCCACUCAUUCCAUUGUACCAUCCUGGAUGAAAAGUGGUGGCAGUUCCGGACUGCCCUGCCACCCAAAUGAAUUUCAUCUGUUGCUACCUCUGCCCUAGUGCCCACCUUCGGCUGGGAGGAUCUCGUCGGCCUGCACUUAAUUCUCGUUUAUAGGAAUGUAAUUCCCCUUCCCUCCCGAGAAACUUUUGUGAUGCCACAGCUCUUACCACCGUUCUUGCCUUGUACGUGGUGAAAAAUAAGGGAACGUUUCUUUUCACGGAGAAAAUUGAUUUUGCUUUCACAGAAACGGGAUUUGGGACAGCACCUCUCAGUUGAAAAACAAUAUAUUUGAAUUGACUUUCUGAACCGUGGAAGACUUGCUGGUUGCUCUGGCAUUAAAUAUUCUUUUUGAAAAACGAAACGAAACGAUCAGCCAUAAUUUAUUUUCACUUGUCAAAACCUCACUUACUUAUGUCAAAAUAUAAAAUUGGGGCAGGCUGGUCAGGGAACAGGUUACCAUUUUUGAUGGUCGUAGUUCUUUUAAACUUUUACAGAAAUAGCCUUUCCAGAGAUAGGCCCUAGUUUGCUCGUUCUUUUGUUUAGCUCGCCGAACAAAUGAAUUUUGAUUAGAUGGCCGCUUCAAUUGAUUUUGCAUUAACCUGGUACUUCUUGUGCUUUCUCCGUCUCCCCUGCCUAGUUAAUUAUACAGGAUUUUCCUCCUUUUAAUUUACUGGGAGAUUGCCUAACUGUUUGCUGUGGUUCAGUGUGCCAGAGGUUGCGUGUAACAAGUUUAAAAAAAAAUAAAACUAAGCAUUGUCUUGGGAA